AUGUCCCCUCACGCUGUGCAGGCUGUGUCUACUGGUACGAAGACCGGAGAACAUCUUUUGAUCUCGCCUAAGAAUGGCACGCUUCUUAAUCGACGACACCAGCACGAUCUUGUCUUGAAGACACUCAGAGUCUUGGUCGCCGAACUCUGCCAGCAGUUCAAUGGCGGUCAUCCAGGAGGAGCAAUUGGUAUGGCAGCCAUUGGCGUCGCCCUCUGGCGCUACACCAUGCGAUAUGCGCCCCGCAAGCCCGACUGGUUCAACCGCGAUCGCUUUGUCCUAUCCAACGGCCAUACCUGUCUAUUCCAGUACAUGUUUCUUCACUUUGCUGGCUACAAAGACAUGACAUUCGAACAACUCAAGUCAUACCACUCAUCGCGCGAGGACUCUCUAUGCGCAGGACAUCCCGAGAUUGAGGUUGAAGGCAUCGAAGUGACCACGGGUCCCCUGGGACAAGGUGUAGCCAACGCCGUAGGGCUGGCGAUAGCUACUAAACAUCUUGCUGCGACAUUCAACCGACCAGCUUUCGACGUGGUAUCAAACCACACUUGGUGCAUGAUUGGUGAUGCUUGCCUUCAAGAAGGUGUAGCACUUGAGGCCAUCUCACUGGCGGGCCAUCUUGGUCUCAACAAUCUGACGAUCAUCUACGACAACAAUCAGAUCACAUGUGAUGGCUCAGUUGACUUGACUAACACUGAAGAUAUUGGUGCCAAGAUGAGAGCUUGCGGCUGGGAUGUGAUCGAGAUCCUGGAUGGCUGUCAUGACGUUGAAGGCAUUGUGGAUGCGUUGGAGCGAAGUAGGCAAUCCAAGAAUAAACCUACUUUCGUCAACGUUCAUACGGUCAUUGGCCUAGGAAGUGCCGUUGAGGGAAAGGCCGCGGCUCAUGGCGCCGCCUUCGGGGAGAAGGACGUCAAAAAUAUGAAGAGUGUCUAUGGCUUUGAUCCAGAGCAGCAAUAUGUCAUCUCACAACCUGUUCGAGACUUCUUCGCCAACCUUGUGGACACUGGGGAUGAACAUGUCCGGCAAUGGGAUCAGAUGGUGGCCUCGUAUUCUUCCGCACACCCAGAGCUGGCGACACAGUUCAGAGCCCGCCUUGAAGGCUCUAUUCCAGCUGACUGGCAGCGAAACAUCCCUUCCUCAUUUCCCGAGAAUCCCACACCAACCAGAGCAUCGUCCGGUCUCGUGUUACAACCGCUUGCCGCCAAUAUUCCUAGCUUCGUUGUCGGCACAGCUGAUCUGACGCCAUCAGUACACAUGAGCUGGCCCAACAUGGUCGAUUUCCAGCGCCCUGACCACGCUCCCCAAUCCGGGCCCACGGGCAGCUACGCUGGCCGCUAUAUUCACUACGGGGUGCGGGAGCAUGCGAUGGCGGCCAUCUCCAACGGACUUGCCGCGUUCAAUCCGGGCACCAUCAUCCCCGUGACAUCCUCUUUCUUCAUGUUCUAUCUGUACGCCGCGCCAGCCGUGCGUAUGGGUGCUCUACAACACCUGCAAGUGAUCCACGCAGCGACGCACGACUCCAUCGGCAUGGGCGAGGACGGGCCGACACACCAGCCCAUCGAGCUGGCCGCACUGUACCGCGCCAUGCCGAACCUCCUCUACAUCCGACCUGCGGAUAGUGAGGAGACGGCCGGGGCGUGGACGGCGGCCAUUGAAGCAAAGAGCAGCUCCAGCAUCAUUUCCACCUCGCGGCACAAAGUCGCGCAGUUCCCUGGCGAGACCAAGCGUGACGGGGUGAAAAAGGGUGCCUAUGUCGUGCGAGAGCAGGACGACGCCGACAUCACCAUCAUUGGCGUAGGAGCAGAGUUUGAAAUCGCAGUUGUGGUCGCAGAGCAGUUGUCUGCUUCGCACAAAGUGAAGACCAGGCUGGUGAGUUUCCCGUGCCAGCGGCUGUUUGAGCAGCAAGAGCUCUCUUACCGCCGAUCGGUCCUGCAGCGCCCUCACAAACCAGCGGUGGUGAUCGAGGCGUAUGCGGCGGCGGGGUGGGAGAGAUAUGCCGACGCCGCCGUGUGCAUGAGGACGACUCGCUUUGGGAAAUCCUUGCCCGGAAAAGAUGCGUACCGCUAUUUUGGCUUCACGAGUGGACAGAUCGUGCCGAAGAUCAUGGACUGGUUGGAGAAGAGGAAUGACGGGUCGGUUCUGCCCGGAGAAUUUGUAGAGCUGUGA